AUGUUUGGGGAAUCUGAAUCGGAAAGCCCAAGGGUACCGAGUCCAUGGGACUCGUUAAUGUCAGCGUCGGCUUCAGCUUCGACCUCGACCUCGCCCUCCCCGACGCCCAAAUUCAGCCGCACGCACACACCCAGCCCGCUCGCGUCCGAACUCGCGCUCACUAGCAUACCACGUCUCGUGCCCGAAUCCGACGACGGCAACGUCGAGUACAAACUCCAGCUCCUCAACCCGUCCCCUGCGCGCUUCGCCCGGCUCGUCACCCAGCUCAAAUGGAGGCUGCUGGAAGGCGGCGGGCAGGCGUACUAUGAACUGGGUGUAGCUGAUUCUGGGGACCUCGUUGGUCUCCGUCGGGAGGAGCUGGAGCAGAGCUUGGAGACGCUGGAGAUGAUGGCGGGCGAGAUUGGUGCGAGUGUGAUUGUGGUGAAGGAAAUCGAGGUGCCUGCUGCGCUCUCCAAGUUGGCUGCUGCUAAGCGCAGCGGGGAUAAUAGCAGGAGGAAGGAUAAUAAAUCGGAGGAGGAGCUUGACGACGAUUCGUACAACUCGAGUUCGGCGUUUAAUUCGAAUUCGGAUUUGGAUUUGACGGAUGCCAGUGGGCUGCUGGAUGGGAAUGGUGGUAGCAGGGACACCCCGCCUGGUGUCUUUGUUAUGGACUCGGAGUCUGAGACGGACAUGCCGCGGUACACUAUCGACCUCGAGAUUUCGUCCGUGUUCAAGCCGAGGCCUGUACGCACCAAGCAUAGUUUCCCGAACCACCCGCUCGUCGCUGGCAAGGGGAAGAGGGGGAAGAAGAACAAGCAGAUACAGCCGGCGCCCGAGGACAAGCAGACCAAGGCUAUGAAUAGGCGCCAGGCGAGGGAUAGGAAGAGGGAGGAGAAGAAGAAGACGUUGAUGGCGCUGGCUGCGCAGUCUGUUGGAGAGGUCCAGGAUAUCCCUGCGCCUGUUCCUGUCGCAGCAGAGGUGGAGAGCGUAGUCUCGACGCUUGAAACUCUCACCGUCGCCGAACCAGAGCCAGUCCCAGCGGUCGUCGAGGCACCGAUACCUACCAUCUCAGUCAUCGAGGAACCAGUCGACAAUGACGACGAUGAUGACGACGACGUGUUCCCAACGACAGCCCGACAACCCGCCUAUCCGAAAUUUGCGUCCACUCUCACCGAGUCGCACCUCGACGUCGAUCCUGCCGCCGUCAAGCUAGCCGAUGUCUCUUGA